GCGGAAGAGGGAAUUAUGACGAAGGCGGAGCUUGAGUGCGCCUCGGCCAGAAGACCCGCGGGUGCGCACGAGAGAGGAAGGCAGCGCGUCGUCUCCUUCAUUAACGCUACAAAUGUCAAAUACAACGAGAUAACUAGUCGCCAAAAAGAAAGCAUGGAGGAGUUACUUUCAUUGAAGUGGAACAACCACCGUUCCACUUUCCUCCACAUUUUGGGAGUUCUCAGGGACAAGCAAUCAUACACGGAUGUGACUCUGGCAUGUGAUGGCAAGUUCUACAGUGUGCAUAAGCUGGUGUUGUCAACAUGUAGUGACUAUUUCUGUGCCAUGUUUGAGAAGACUGCUUGUAAAAGCCCUGUUAUAGUGUUAAAAGAUAUUAAAUGUGAGGACCUUGAGGCCUUGCUAGACUAUAUGUACCUUGGUGAAGUGAAUGUAAGGCAAAGUGACCUAGCGUCUUUGAUAAAGGCUGCCGAAAAUUUACGCAUCAAGGGUCUCGCAGUACCUGAUGAUGAACCUUCUAAUAAAGUUCCGGCGACGUCUGCACCAAACAGAGCUGAACCGGCGAGGAGAGAAGGAGGGAUUGGUAGCCCUCCUGCCAAGCGGAAAAGAAGAGAUGAGGGUGAAGACGGCAGGGAAGAUGUAAGACCGCAGGCCAGUGGUGGCUUACAAACCCCCCCUCCUCCUCCGUCUAGACCAAAGAGCCCUAUUGCCCAGCGCCUGAGCCCUUCCCCCCACAGAACCUCUCAGGAAUCCCCUGCAACAGAUGAUCGUGUCAGCCGUCCCCUCUCGUCGCCAGCAGAAAACCCUGCCUCGUCUCAUGUCACGGCACAAUCUUCCGCGCACACCACUGCGUCACAAGCGCAAGCCAGUAAUCAGUUUAGAUCAGAAGAGACUCCCUCCUUUGUCAAAGUGGAAAUGGAGGAAGAAAGUGCCAACGAGAUGCCUGGAGACUCCUACGACCUCAGCGCGGACGGUUACAAGGAAGAAGGCGACGAUUCUGGAAGUGGAGUGAAUAAUGAUUUACCUGAGUUCCUACAAGCAGCAGCCACUGGAGCCUUAGCUGGUAGCACAGCCUCGUACCCUCACCCUUCCUUUGCCGGGCCCUCUGGCUACCAGCCGGGAGACCUGGCGGGCUGGCAGGGUGAUGGAUCGUCCAUAGGCUUCCCUGCACAUCUUAACUUUAGCACCUCAGACAGUUCUAGUCAACAGAAUGCACCCGGGAUGGCCAUGAAUGACCUGCUGCUGAGCGGGCUGUCUCUCCCGCACGCGCAGCCUCAGCAGAAACAGCCCAAGGAGGCGCAGUGCUAUAUCUGCGGACACAAGUUCCGCUGGGACUGGCUCUUGCGGCGGCACAUGCGGACGCACACAGGGGGAAAAGCCCUUUUCGUGCCCUUACUGCCAGUACCGCGCGAACCGGAAGGAGAUGAUCCGCAGCCACAUCUUCCACCGCCACCUAAAGCCGCAAGCGGGCCACCAGCAGCAACUGCAGCCAGUGCAACAACAGCUACAGCCGCAGCAACAACCACAAGCACAACCGCAGUCAUCACAACAGCCACAACCUCCUCAGUCAUAAUUUACUAGACACUGAUUUCGAUGUUAUGAAUUCAAGGAAGCUGUUCUGCAGCUUUUGUGAGGACCAAGAGAGCUCUAGAGAGGCCUUGCCACUAACCCUCCCCUCCUCUUGGAAACCCUGGCCCAUAAACUCUCUUGAGAGCCCCGACCCCGGAGAGCUCCUAGGUGGCGAGAGUCCCGACGCUGAAUGGGCAAAGAAGGCACAGAGCUCGAUGUCGCUGCUGCUCACCGACCAGAGCUGAUCAGUCCAGGAAGGUCUGAAGGUAGACAGGCAGUUCGGAACGGCAGGCGGAGAGGAAUUCAGUAGGAAGAAGAUAUGGAAGGAAGAGAAAUUUAGGAGGAAGAAAAAUUUAGAAGGAAGAGGAAUUCAGAAGGAAGAGAGAUACAAGAAAGAGGAAUUCGAAGAGAGAGUUUCAGGAACGAGAGGCAAAGGGAGCGAGCUUGGGAGUAGCAAGAGACAGUGACAAACACGCAACACUCCAUAACAACCGUGAUAAACAAAAACAUAUACGACAUCAAACAAACAUGGCAACAGUCGGCAACAGUUUCUUAGCACCAGAUAAUCAAAGAAAAUUCGAAAUAUUGAUGAUGAUGACGCCAUUUUUUCCCUUCUUCGGUCUACAGUUUUCUUUACAGUGGAGAUAGACAUUCUUUGAACUCUUGGGACUAAAUAACAAAAUAAACACAUAUACAUAUAUUCACGAUCACGAGGAAGAAAGUCGUUUUAGACUUGCUGUUUAUCCGUAAAAUAGAGGAGAGGAACGUGAGCGAAAGAAACAAGAUGUAUAUUUUACUCAAUAACAAGAAUAUCCAAUUAUUUACAGAGAUGAGCGUGCUUCUGAAAACCGAACUAGUAUAUAUUUCAACUGCAUUUUUUCCUGUUAGAUCUGAUCGACCGAAAGAAUAUAUAUAUAUAUGCAAUUUGAUUUAUCAUUUCCCUGUAAGCACUUAGAUAACAACAGAAAUUGUUAUGUAAUUUAAAGAUCUUAGAAACCUGGAAAUGCUGUUUGUAUUCUUCCGAGGCUCAAAAGAAGGGAAUAGCCUUGAUCUGUUUCAUUAUUUGUUGAUAUCAUCUCGUUCGUUGAAAUUAAGAAAGAUUUAGUUACAUUUCUGUAUAGUUUUGUGCAUCAUGUAUAUAUCAAAUGACUUCCAUAUGUAAUUAGGUAAGCACUACUCCAGACAUAAAAGAAUAAACAAUAUACAAAAGCAUUCUGUUAGUGGUGAAAAUCGCCUACAUACUUAUAUACAUAUUUAUUUGCACAAUACCAUAGCAUGUUUAUGUUUCUUUGCUCCAUUAAAAGAUCCGAUAUUC